AUGUCAAAAUUCAUAAAGUCCAGCACAUCCAAAUACAAGUUUGGUGCUCAUAUGUCCACAGCUGGUGGUGUCUCCAAUUCUGUAAUGCAUGCUUUCACUACCGGUUGUAAUUCGUUUGCUUUAUUCCUUAAAUCACCUAGAAAAUGGGUAUCUCCACAAUAUACACCUGAGGAGAUUGAAAAGUUUAAAAAAUUUGUUAAAGAAUAUAAAUAUGAUCCAAUGACUGAUAUUUUACCUCAUGGCCAAUAUUUCAUUAACUUAGCAAACCCUGAUGAAGAAAAGGCAUUAAAAAGUUACGAUUCCUUUAUCGAUGACCUUAAGAGAUGCGAAUCCCUAGGUAUUGGUCUAUACAAUUUGCAUCCCGGUUCAUCUUUAAAAGGUGAUCAUCCAACACAGCUGAAACAAUUGGCAUCAUACCUAAAUAAAGCUAUAAAAGAAACAGAAUUCGUAACUGUCUUGCUUGAAAACAUGGCAGGAACUGGGAACCUUGUAGGUAGUAACCUUGAGGAUCUACAUACUGUUAUAGAUCUUAUAGAUGACAAAUCAAGAAUAGGUGUAUGUGUCGACACAUGUCACACUUUUGCAGCAGGUUAUGAUAUAUCAACACUAGCCGAUUUCCAGAAAUUUUGGGAUGAUUUUGACGAAAUAGUUGGUUUGAAAUAUUUGAAAGCAAUGCAUUUGAAUGAUUCUAAGGCUCCACUUGGUGCAAAUAGAGAUCUUCAUGAGAAAUUGGGUCAAGGUUACCUAACGUUGAAAUUUUUCCAUAUUUUGGCAACACAUUUUGAAUUUUUACAAAAGAUUCCUAUUGUAUUAGAAACACCCCAAGAUAACGACGAUGGGUACGGUGAAGAAAUUAAGUUGUUAGAAUGGUUAGAGACCGUCCCUGAAGAUUCAAAACUUGAUGAUAACAAAGAAUUUACAGAGAAGUUUACAUCUUUACAAAAAGCAGGUGAAAAGAGUAGAAAGGAACAAAUGACCAAGUUUGAAGCUAAACAGAAAAAACCAAAGAGACAAGCUGAAUCUGAUAUUAUGAGUCAAAUGAAAAAGAAAAUUAGAAAAUGA